AUGUUUCCCACACCCAAACUAUCUCACUUGCACCAAAAAGCAUUCCAAGAGGUAUAUGAGCCAUCAGAAGAUACAUUUAUUCUUUUAGAUGCUCUAGAACAUGAUUUGGAUUUAUUAAGAAAUCUUUCAAAAAAUAGAUCAGGUUCUGGAUGUGUUUCUGUAUUUUUACAAACAGCUAUUUUUGGACCUUCAAAAUCCUUCCAUUUGUGCACAGACAUAUCCUUACAAGCUUGUAAAGCUACGUUAGAAACAUCAAUAGUAAAUUCGGACUCAGAGUUCCCAUCUUAUUUAGAUGUCAUACAUACAGAUCUAACACAAGGGUUGUAUAUUAUAAAUAAGAUUGAUUUACUUGUUUUCAAUCCGCCUUAUGUUCCUACAGAAUCCAAAGAAAUACAUAUGAAUAAGAAUAUGGAAAAUACGUGGGCAGGUGGUAUAGAGGGUAUGGAAAUUACAUAUAAACUUUUGAAUUGUGUCAAUGAAAUCUUAUCCGAUCAUGGCCUCUUUUACCUAGUCGCAAUCUCUAAAAACAAACCAAAAAAAAUUGCAGAUUUCAUGAGAAUACAUUGGAAUAUGGAAAGCCAUAUUGUACUCGAAAGAAAAACAGGACUUGAAAAACUUUAUGUCAUUAGAUUCAAUAAAACUACAAAACAUUUACAUUAG